UUCGUUUAAAUGAUAGGAUACAGGACAGCAAAACUAAAUAAACAUCACUGAACCUGAGGAGUGACACAUUCAGAAAACAGAACAUCUGUUGCUUCUAAAAUAUUGUUAUUAGUAAACAAUAAAAACAUGGCAUUUUUCAAAAAUUUACAGCAAAAUCUGAACCUUCCUUCUGUGUCUUCUUUGGUUGAUACACUCAGCAAUGCUGUAGAUGAUCUAACCAGUGCUGUUGGAGACGUAAGCUAUACUGUAGCUGAUUCAGUUACAGAGCAGGUAACAAAUAUGAUCAACAGUCUUCGAACAGAUGAAACAGCUAAAACACAGGAAGAUAAAUCUGAAGUGGGUAAAGAGGAAAAUAGAACAAAUAACGAUAUAGAAAAGUAUAUGAAAGAAAAGAAGUUUGAUGCAGAAGAGAAACACAAACAGUCUGAUUCUUUAAAAUGGGGUAUGUAUGGUAGAGGAGAAACCCAUCAUAACAUAGGCAAAACCCAAAGACCUUUGAAUGCCGUAGAACCUAAUGAACUUAAUGAUUCAGAAGAAUAUAGGGAAAUGAAUAAUUCAAUAAAACAUGUUAUACACAAAAGACAAACAGGAAAUAAGUACUUGGAAAAUAAUACAUUGCCAAAAGAUAUUGGUGAGAACUAUGGUACAUGUAGAACUGCAGAAUCCCUUCAUGAAAAACCUAGUAAGAAACUGCAUGCGGAGCUAGAACAAUCUAAGGACCUGUUGCAGAGGAAAAUUAAAAAAAGAUCACCUGAAGUUGAUUUCACGGAUGCCAAAGAAGCACAGAGUAUUGUAUCAAAGAAUCGGGAAGCAAAUGAAAUGCAAACAUCAAAAUUGCCAGAACCAAGGUCUAAAAUAGUACAUGGUGUUCAUGAAGUAAAAUCAAAGAAACCGAAAACAUUUUCUGAAUACCCCAGACAGUCUACUCUUUCUAAGGAAGGUGCAAAGCAAAAGCGUAAGGAAUCAGAAAGUUUUUCUAAGGAAGUGAGUAGUAAGAAGACACCAGCCAAAGAUAAUUCAUACAUAAAUAAAGAGCAGCAUGGUUCAUCAUCUGAAAGUGAAGAUGAGGCACUGGGUAAAUACCAUGAAGCCUUGUCCAGAACUCAAAAUUCAAGGCCACCAGCUGGAGAUAAUAGACAACAGAAAAACUAUAUUUGGGAAACCAGACAAAAAUAUAGUCCUCUGUCUGCAGAGUAUGAUGGGUACAGUAGCGAAGGCUCAAUAGAUGAAGCUAACUGCAUUCAGAGAAUGAGACAAACACCUCCUCUUGAUGAGCUUCAGCCUCCGCCAUACCAAGAUGACAGUGGCUCACCACACCUUUCAUGCACACCCUCUGAAGUUGGGGACAGCAAAUGUGAAUUUUCUCAGUGCAGCAACAGCCCAAGAUGUUCAUAUAAGUGCCCAAGUGAAGGAAGUACUGGCCAUGAAAUAGAAAGCUUUCAUAACAAAGGAUACGAAGAAGAUGUGCCCAGUGACAGUACUGCUGUCCUUAGCCCAGAGGAGGUGUCAGCUCGAGGAUCAUCAUCGCAGAUCCCUAAAUCGUUUGAUCCCGAACCAGAAGCUAAAUAUGGCACGCUGGAUGUGACUUUUGACUAUGACUCGCAGGAACAGAAGCUUCUGGUAACAGUGACAGCUGCCACAGACAUUCCUACAUAUAACAGGACAAGUGGAGGUUCAUGGCAAGUACACCUGGUUCUCCUUCCUAUCAAGAAACAGAGAGCAAAAACCAGCAUCCAGCGGGGUCCGUGCCCUGUCUUCACAGAGACAUUUAAAUUUAAUCAUAUUGAAUCUGAGAUGAUUGGGAAUUAUGCAGUACGCUUUAGACUGUACAGUGUCCGCCGCAUGAAAAGAGAGAGGAUUCUAGGAGAAAAGAUAUUUUAUUUAACCAAAUUAAAUCUUCAAGGGAAGAUGUCAGUACCGGUGAUACUGGAGCCUGCGUACAGUAUUUCCGGCUGUGACUCCCAAAUGAGCAUGUCAGAAAUGUCCUGCAGUGAAAGCACCUCCUCUUGUCAGUCUCUGGCACAUGGCUCAGCUCCUGAAAUCCUCAUUGGGCUGCUUUAUAAUGCCACAACUGGAAGACUAGCAGCAGAAGUGAUAAAAGGCAGCCACUUCAAAAACUUGGCAGCAAACAGACCACCCAAUGGACUGUUCUGUUGUCUAAAACACUUGAUAGGUGGACAGGUUUAUAUAAUACGAGAUACCUAUGUUAAGCUGACAUUGCUGAAUUCUAUGGGUCAAGAGAUGUCCAAAUGCAAGACAUCCAUCCGAAGAGGGCAGCCAAAUCCAGUGUACAAAGAGACCUUUAUUUUUCAGGUGGCACUGUUUCAGCUUUCUGACGUGACACUCAUAUUAUCUGUGUACAAUAAACGCAGCAUGAAACGAAAGGAAAUGAUAGGCUGGAUUUCUUUGGGGUUGAACAGUUCGGGAGAAGAAGAACUAAACCACUGGACUGAGAUGAAGGAAUCCAAAGGACAACAAGUAUGUAGAUGGCACUCUUUAUUAGAGUCUUAAUGGUACUUGUGGCUC